AUGAAAUUCUAUACGGCAACAUUGAUUAUUGUACUAUGUUGCCUUUACUUGGCCGGUUCGACGGUUUCAGCUUUGACCACCUUUGGUUAUAAUGGACCAAAACUUGGUUAUUUCUAUCCAAAACCCGCACGUUUACCUCCAUUGCCAAUAGUCAAUGGAAGCACCGGCUCCAGCUCCAGCACCACUACCAAUUCUGACGGUCCACCGCCUGGAGUGCAAUCGGAUUUCAUUGAUGAUCUGAUUGAGGGACAUAAGCAGCAAAUCUUAUCGAAUGUCUUGGGCGUUUCAGCUGCUUCAGCUCCGCUUGGCAAUGAGACUCCAUUGGACUCCACGAUAGUUGCUUCAUCGCCGCCUCUAGAGGGCGUUGGAGAUGCUAAGGCGUUUCGCGUUAAUCGCUGUGCCAGUUGCACCUGCGGGGUGCCAAAUGUAAAUCGUAUUGUGGGCGGCACUCAGGUGCGUACAAAUAAAUAUCCAUGGAUAGCUCAAAUUAUCAGGGGAACAUUCCUGUUUUGUGGUGGCACUUUGAUCAAUGAUCGUUAUGUUUUAACGGCUGCACAUUGUGUCCAUGGCAUGGAUAUGAAUGGAGUCUCAGUGCGUCUGCUGCAACUCGAUAGAAGUUCAACACAUUUGGGAAUCACACGUGCUGUGGCAUUUGCUAAUGCUCAUGCUGGUUAUAAUCCAGUUACAUUGGUCCACGAUAUAGCCCUAUUGAGGUUGGCUCAGCCAGUUGCCUUGGUGGAUGUAAUGCGUCCAAUAUGUUUGCCCAGCAAUUUUCUACAGAAUUUCGAUUUCCAAAAGGCCAUUGUGGCCGGCUGGGGUCUAAGUCAGGAGGGUGGCUCAACCUCAAGUGUACUCCAAGAGACCACAGUGCCGAUAAUAACGAAUGCCCAAUGUCGUGCCACAUCAUAUAGAAGCAUGAUUGUGGAUACUAUGCUAUGUGCUGGUUAUGUACGAACUGGUGGACGUGAUGCUUGUCAGGGUGAUAGUGGAGGUCCUUUAAUUGUACGCGAUCAGAGGAUAUUCCGUCAAGCUGGUGUUGUUUCCUUUGGUUAUGGUUGUGCCAAACCCGAUGCUCCAGGCGUUUAUACUCGCACUAGUCGCUAUUUGGACUGGAUAGCGGCAAAUACACGAGACUCAUGCUAUUGUGAGAAUUAA